UUCUUCAAAUAUUAUGAUUUUGAAAGAUAUCGUAUCGACUGUUAAUAAUUUAACAAAGAGUAAACGAUUUGAAUUAUUCAAAACUUGGACACCAUCAGUUAUAAACUUUGUUUUGGCAUCAACUUUAUUAACAGUUUAUUUUACUGAAUGGAGAGCAGUAUUGAAACAUAUACCAUCUUACAAGUCUAAAUAUGCAAAUGAACGUAAACAACAAGUGGAAGAAAUUUCAAGCAGCAGUAAUAAGAUGGAACCAUCCAAAAUGAUAAAAGCUGAUUUAAUAACUUUAAACGAAAAAUCAAAGAAAGAAAAAACACUAAGCAUCGAGUCUAAAGAAAAAAUACACGUCACUGGCAUACAAAAUACUAAUGUCAAUGAGUAUUUUCCGAAGGGUACGCCCGAAUAUUUUAUAAAAAACAAUUAA